CCUUAGACAGUUUCUUCUGGCUUUUUUAAAACAACUUUCUAAAUCUCUACAUUUUUUUUGCAAUUUAUAGAACAUUUCUCUCCAAGUUACUUAUUGCCUUUUUGUCCCAUGUUUUUGAAAGAAACUGCACCAAUUUUGCUCAAGCUUCAAAGGUUUCAGUGUUUGUGAAAGGCGGUUUAAAGCAGCACAGAUGUGAUGUUGCUCCAGGUUUCAAAAGGAUAAAAACACUGAAUCUGCGCUCUGUGAAUGCUUACAUGAUAAGAAUCACUCCAUCUGUUUUCUGCCGGGUGUUGUUUUUGUACAAUUAUCAUUAAAGUCUGUAAACGUGAAACUUCUUAACAGUUUCUUUCAAUUAAGUUUUACCACAAGCUUCAGUGCAGAUUUUAUCUCGAUAUGCUCCGUUUAUGACGGCUCAUGAAUCACUCAUGUCACCUCCAAACAGGCAACAUAAAUAGUACGUCCGGGGCUAUAUAGCCUCGCAUGCUCCGAUCAAAGGUCAUCAGUUCCGGUGCUGAGACAGGUGAUUGUCUUUAGGUGGAGCUGUGCGUCUCGCCCUGCCGGGUGUUCACACUGGAGGUGAGUCUGUCAGGUUGUGUGAUAGUAACCAAGUUGAACCUCCCACGUCACUGUGAGCGAUCCACAGCCGAGUUCAAAGGACACAAGCCCUGCCCUUGAGUCUGCCAGCGAGAGCCGAGCGGUGUUCUUUAUCAGGUGGAGAUUCUGCUGGGAGUCGGCCACUGCAGCCUCGGUCAGCCUGGGAAUCACUGCCUUCUCCUGGAGCUCGCUCACCAACCAGAGCCAAGAUGCCCAAAACGGUCAACGUUCGCGUCACUACGAUGGACGCAGAGCUGGAGUUUUCCUUCCAUCCAAACACCAGCGGGAAGCAGCUCUUUGACCAGGUUGCCAGGACCAUCGGACUGCGUGAGAUUUGGUACUUUGGGCUGCAGUUUGUUGACGCCAAAGGCUUCCUCACCUGGCUGAACUUUGACAAGAAGGUGAUGGCCCAGGAUGUGAGGAGGGAGACUCCCCUGCAGUUCAAGCUGAGGGCCAAGUUUUACCCCGAGGAUGUGGCCGAGGAGCUGAUCCAGGACGUCACCCGCCGGCUUUUCUUCCUGCAGGUGAAGGAGGAAAUUUUGGGGGAGGACAUCUACUGCCCUCCAGAGACCGCUGUGCUGCUGGCCUCGUACGCCGUGCAGGCCAAGUACGGAGAGAAGAACAAGUCAGCACAUCAUCCAGGUUACCUGUCCAGUGAGCGCCUGCUGCCCAAGAGAGUCCUGGACCAACACAAGCUGUCCAAGGACCAGUGGGAGGACAGGAUCCAGGUCUGGCACGAGGAGCACCGAUCGAUGCUGAAGGAAGAGUCCAUGAUCGAGUACCUGAAGAUCGCUCAGGACCUGGAAAUGUACGGCGUCAACUACUUUGAGAUCAAGAACAAGAAGGGCUCGGACCUGUGGCUGGGCGUCGACGCUCUGGGACUGAAUAUCUAUGAGAAGGAUGACAAGCUGACUCCAAAGAUCGGAUUCCCCUGGAGCGAAAUCAGAAACAUUUCCUUCAGUGAUAAGAAAUUUGUCAUCAAGCCGAUAGAUAAGAGAUCUCCUGAUUUCAUAUUCUAUGCUCCACGGCUGCGAGUCAACAAGUGCAUCCUGCAGCUGUGCAUGGGCAACCACGAGCUGUACAUGCGCCGCCGCAAGACCGACACCAUCGAGGUCCAGCAGAUGAAGGCUCAGGCCAAAGAGGAGAGGCUGCAGAAAAAGAUGGAGAGAGAUCAGCUGGAGAGUGAGAAGAAGAAGCGUGAGGCCAUCGAGAAAGAGAAGGAGCAGAUGGAGAGAGAAAAGCAGGAGCUGAUGAUGAAGCUCUACCAGUUUGAAGAGACAACCAAGAGAGCAGAGAGAGAGCUUCAGGAGCAGCUGGACAGGGCCAUGAGGCUGGAGGAGGAGAGGAGGAGGGUGGAGCAGGAGGCGGCCCGGCUGGAGGCUGAGAGGAUGGAGGCCAUAAUAGCCAAGGAGGAGCUGGCCAGGCAAGCCGAGGACCAGAUGAAGAGCCAGGAGCAGCUGGCCGCAGAGCUGGCUGAGUACAGCGCCAAGAUCGCUGUGCUGGAAGAGAUCAAGAAAGAGAAGGAGGAAGAGGCUGAGUCAUGGCACAGCAAGGCUAAGGAGGUGGAGGAGAAUCUGAUGAAGACCAGGGAGGAGCUGCACAGUGUGAUGAGCUCCACUAACUCAGCUCCUGCCAAGGCUCCUUCCUCCUCGUCCUCCUCCUCAGACAGCGAGAGCGACCACGAGCACAGCGAAGAGAACAGCACCUACAGCGCCGAGCUGCAGUCGCAGGGCAUCAACGACCACCGCCACGAGGAGGAGCGACUCACUGAGGCCGAGAAGAACGAGCGCCUGCAGAAACAGCUGAUGGACCUGAGGGCAGAGUUGGCAGAAGCCCGGGACGACAGCAAGAGGACCCAGAACGACCGUCUGCACAUCGAGAACGUCGACGCCGGCCGCGACAAGUACAAGACGCUGCGUCAGAUCCGUCAGGGCAACACCAAGCAGAGGAUCGAUGAGUUUGAGGCCUUGUAGGAAACCUCAGAGACCUGCAGAUCUCUCUCCCACAUUCCUCAUGAAGGCCCCAAUCAGCCAGGUUUUUAACUGAAGCGUGAUGUAAUCACACCUGAUUUUAAAAACCCAGAAAAACACGACGCUGAUCUGUGUAAAAGUACCUCCAUGAGUUUGUUUUACCAGUUUAACUUUUUCUCUAAAAGCACUGUUCUGUUUUGUUUUCUUUGUAGCACUCAAACAUCUCCAGUGUGCUGUUUAGCCUGAUUAAAACUUUAAAACUUAGCAGAAAGCUACUGUGUUCCUCAUGUCAACAAUUUAACUGUGAUAUCGAUCAAAACAAUCAAAAAUGUCAAAUUUGGCUUUGCAGUUUUGUUUUUACAUCAAACCAAAGUUUUUAAAUUAAGAUUUAUUUAACGAUGCCUCAUGCAAUGAUUUGGUUUGUUGAUUAACGCAUUGAUUAUAUUUUUUCGUUUACUACGUGAUGUCUUUUUGCAUACGUAAAACUGCCUAAGAUCCUGAUAGUAAAAAAAAAGAAAAACGAGAAGAAAUUUAUAAGGAAAAAGCCACAGACUUAAACAAAUGGACCUCCCCUUAACUUAAGGAGAAUAACAAAAAACAAAAAAGGAAGAAAAGUAAAAGAACCAAACUAACAUAAUUCAGAAAAUACAACUAAAGCUAAAUAACAAGCACACAGAGUUGAUAAACUAACUGCUGAGUUGACAAAAAGCCAAUGGCAACAAAGUACUUUGGCGGUCAAUAUUUGUCCAUCACAACAUUGGAGGAAGUAACUGCCUCGUUCUGUAAACAGGAAGGUGAAGCCGAUCAGCCUGUCUGCUGUUUAUGAAUUUGGAAAUUAAAUUUAAAGAAACUGCUAAAA